GUUAGUACAAAACAUUUUAUGCAUUUACAUAUUUAAAUUUGAAACUUCCAAUAUUUUACAAUAGUUGUAGCAAGUAGGUAGUAAUGGCAAAUAUUGUGCAAUACAUAAUUGUUCGUAGCGAUUUAAAAUCCACAUUGGGUUGGCCACUGGGUGCGGUGAUAGCGCAAUGCUGCCACGCGACAGCUGCUGUUAUGCACUUAUACGCCGAUGAUGAGGAUACAGCAUCCUAUUUAAAAGACUUAGACAAUAUGCAUAAAGUAGUAUUGGAGGCUAAAGAUGAAGCAUCGCUAGUGAAGUUGGCGGAAAAAUUGGAAACAAAUGAAAUUAAGCAUAAAAUGUGGAUUGAACAGCCGGAAAAUAUACCAACAUGUAUAGCUAUUAAGCCUUAUGUUAAGGACAAUGUGCAUAAGUUUGUGAAAAACCUUAAACUGCUAAAAGAAUAAACAUAUAUUGAAAUAGAAAA